AAAAUCGUCAAUGUCUACCGGAAUCCAAAGGAUACGGCGGUAUCUAUGCAUUCCUUCAUGAAGCGACUAAACACCGAGGGAAUAAACAGUUAUCAAGGCACAUGGGAACAUUUCUUUGAAUUAUUCACCACAAAACCAGUGCACUAUAAUACUUGGUUCGAACACGUAAUGUCGUGGUUGGACUUCAAGAAGAAACAUCCGGACGUACCCAUUCUGAUGGUAUCAUUCGAGGACAUGAAAAAGGACCUAAGAAGCUGUGUUAAAAAGAUCGCAGAACAUCUCGGGACAAAACAAGACCCAGACUUUCUGGAUGAAGUUACAAAUAAAUGUCAGUUUAGCGCCAUGUUGAAAGCAAAGAGCACAAAUACAGCAGAAAUCGCCAUUGGCAAUGACGGAGGCAACCCAUUUUACAGGAAAGGUGAAGUAGGCGACUGGAAGAACUGUCUAACUGUUGCACAGGACGAAAUAUUUGACGACGAGAUAGCAAAACGCAUGACGGGCAUUGAUUUAGAAGUGAAAUAUUCACUGUGAUUGACGUUUCAAGACGGAUAUAAUAAAAAUCCCCCAGAAAUGAAU